UGCCUUUCGCCUUCGGUGCGAGUUGAAGACGAGCUUGCCUCCGAGAAGGGGAUAAACCGCCGCGAUCCAACGCAACCGGCCCCUGCGCAGUGCUCUCUCUCCCCCCGCGUCUCAUUCGAGCCUCGGCAGUCGCCUUCCGAGCAACGAUCGCCGCGUUUACCCACGACGGCUGCUCGUGUCGCCUGAACACAGCAACUGAGUGGAAAGCCAUGGAGUUUUCACCGGCCGCGAAAUCGGCCAGAUUCUUCCUGGUCGCCGCACUUGUCGCACUCUGCGCACGCCACGCCACCGCUGCCAAUGGAGCUGGACGCGUGCGACGUGCCUCGCCGUCCGAGGACUUCGAGUGCCCGUUCCCCGAUGGGAUGUUCGCCAACCCCGACACCUGCCGUCGCUUCUACAUCUGCUCGGGCGGCACACCUUUCAGCCAGGCGUGCCCGCCCUCGCUCUACUUCGACGACAUCAAAAAGUUCUGCACCUUCAAGAACAAGGAGCUCACCUGCGGGCCCGUUGAAAGCACAACCACGGAGCGGCCGAGGCCGGACCCGGACACGGCGCCCAAGUGCGACCCGACGACGUGCGUGCUGCCCGAGUGCUUCUGCAGCGUUGAUGGGACGCGCAUCCCUGGAGACCUGGAGCCCAAGGACGUGCCCCAGAUGGUGAUCAUGUCCUUCGACGGCGCCCUGAACGCCAUGAACUUCCCGCAGUACCGGGCCCUCCUGAACAAGGAGCACCGCAAGAACCCCAACGGGUGCCCCAUACAUGCCACCUUCUUUCUGUCGCACGAGUACACCAGCUACUUCAACGUGCAGCGGAUGUUUGCCGACGGCCACGAGUUCGGCUCACUGGGCGUCACGCACCGCGGGCCGGAGAGCUGGUGGUCCAAGGCCAAGUACGAGAACUGGACAGAGGAGAUGGUGGGCAUGCGCGAGAUCUUGUCCCGCUUCGGGAACGUCUCCAAGGAGAACGUGCUGGGCAUGCGUGCCCCCUACCUGAAGCCAGGCGGCAACACCAUGCUCAACAUGAUCUACGACUUCGCCUUCGCAUACGACUCAUCGUUCGCCGCUCCACCCAGCAAGACGCCGCUGUGGCCGUACACGCUCGACCACCGCAUCCCGCACCACUGCGUCAACAAGGGCUGCCCUACGCACUCGUACCCGGGCGUGUGGGAGGUGCCGCUGAAUACGCUGCACAGCGAGGAAGGCACCGGCGGUCAGUGCGUGCUCGCCGACCAGUGCGUCUUUCCAGAUGACGAAGACACCGUAUUCGAGUUCCUGCUCGAGAACUUCCUGCGACAUUACCGCACCAACCGGGCGCCGCUGGGACUCUACUUCCGCGUCAACUGGUUCACCGACAAGAUUAAGACCAAGGCGCUGCACCGGUUCGUGGACCACAUACUCAAGAACUACGACAACGCCUGGUUCGUCACCAUGCAGCAGGCGCUGCUGUGGAUGCGCUCGCCACGGCGCGUCGCCGAGUUGCGCGACUUCGAGGCGUGGGCUUGCCCCAAGCGUGAGCCGGCCUGUAACCUCCCGACCACGUGCGCGCUGCCCUUCGAUGACGAGCACUCGUACGGUGACCUGCGCUACAUGGAGACGUGCACCGCGUGCCCCGCGCGCUACCCGUGGAUCGGCAACUACGGCGGCCAGCACGUCGGCAAGAUGAUCAUGGACGAAGUGGCCGAGCAGAACCGCCAGUCGGCCGUCGAGGGCUCCGGCAGCGAUGAAGACUACAACGUUACCAGCGCUGCGGCCUAGUUGGCUCGCCGCGUGUGUGCCACCGGCUUGCAUGCGCCAAGGACACUCCGCGAGUGUGCAAACUCCUUAAAGGGACACUGAAGGAACUGUUCCACUCGAAGCUAGAUUUGUAGAUCUCGCAACGUUGGGUCGCUUUCACCAAGAGCAAAACUGUGAAAUGCUAGGAAGAAAAAAAAAAAAGCUAGCAUAAUCCUCGGCAUUUCCCCGUGUCCUCACGAUUUGUGACAGCUUAACUGUUGGUUGCUUCAAGAAUGUUCGCUAAAUCCGCAUUUAAAAGGAAAUGUUGCCAUUACAACUUUAUUAGAUUUUUGUAAUAUAGUAAAUAAACAAAUGAACGUAUAAAAAGAGUGGAUUGCCACAUAUUGAAGUCAUCGAUGCCCCUCUUUGGGCAAGAAAUAGAUUUUAAAAGAAAUAUGGCAUCCAUUUGCGAAUUCUCCAUGUCUAAGGACAUUGCACUGAACAAAUUGUGAGGGCCUUCUAGAAGAAUUACCUACCAGUCUAGCCUGAUUUAUUGCUUGUUUGCUUUAGUGUCUCUUUAAGAGUGAAAUGCGCUCACAUCGUUUGUUCUGUUAAAGACACGCGGGCAGAUACCGUCAGUCAAAGUUCGCUUCAACCGCACACAUGCGGCAAUGUUCGAUGUCGGAUUUUAAUUUCAUUGACGGCAGAGAACAAUGUAAGCACAACACAGCCUUCUAGCUGCUAUGUGCGACUGGAAACAAUUGUCGAUCAGAAGAUAGUUAACAUCACGUCAAUGCACAAGAGGCCAUGGCUUGAGUUUACUUAAUAACAACCCGUUAGUCGCAACGCGAGCAACAAAUAGAUUACCUGUUGUCAACACGUGAGAAACUAGACGCCGAUAAACGCACAGAGUGUCAUGGUUACAAUCAAACCUCACCCGGACAUUUGGUAUCCUGAGAUCAGAGCGAAAACAUGUCUGGUAUAAUUAGAACACAUAAAUUCGCAGCAAAUGCCUUCGUCGUCCGAUAUACUGUAUGCACUAUAAACACGCACAUAGUAGUAAAAAAUGUAAGCUUCAAUGUUUGCAACGAUGCCAGAAACACACAACCGAAACGUUUCUCUCCACUUCCAAGCACUAGUUUAAGUUGCGGAUGCGCAAGCGAGCGUAUCGAACUGCUCCUUGGGAACAAAAAUACGAGCCGCAGAAGUGAUCUGAGCUACCGCACCGCUUAACAUGAUUGUGGGAACUUUUUUCAGUAAGAGACGGUCAACUUAAUGUUCAAAUCCGUAGCCCCAGUGUCCCUCCGCAGGGCGCAAGACGCAUUUCAGUAUGCCGUAUUUGUGGAAAACAGUAAUGCACGACGUGAGUUGCACUCAAUGCCAACAAUUCGCUGCAGAAUCUCGAUGACACGAAUCACUCGGAGUCACACAAAGAACAGUUUUAUUAAGGCGGAGGUUGUACCCGGAACUGGAGAAGGCCAUGCCAGAACUUGGGGAAGAAAAGCGUGUCAUCCCGAAAGCUAUACCAGCUAAUAUUGUGCUAAAGUAAAAUAGUUAUGUCGUUCUUGUAACAAUUAACUUCCACAAACAAUCAUAUCAAGCGUGGUUAAUUUGUGGUUUCAAGUUGCAGUUGCACAGCCGCGUCAGAAUUUUCGCUGGCAUUGAUACAAAUUGAAGUAUGACUCUGAGGGAUUUGCCUCGCCUUCAGGAUUCGAGACCAAGGCAUGCGUUGCUCGUCCUCCUGCGCUCGCUGUAUACGCGGUUCACAUUUUGUUAUUGUUCGUGUAUUUCGUUUCGUAGACCCAUAAUCAUAAUUUAUCCUGUUUGAGAAUAUGUGCGCAUUUUGCUCAUGUCCACAUGCAUAGUUCUUGUUCUUUUUUUUUAAGUUUUCACGAUGCUCACUAUUCAUCAAUGCAUUACUUUUCAUGUGUGCGUCAGUGCUGUGUACAAAUGCUUUCUGCUGACAUGUUACCGAUCGAGCUUUCCAGAAAGUUUGUCAAAUGUGUCCUAUUCUCUGUGCCUAUCGAGUCACCGUUGCAACAUACAUAUCGCUUAACAGGUAGAGCUGUUCUGCGGAAUUUCGAUAUUAGCAACAUCUGGAGGAACCUUUCACAGGGCUCAAAACACAACUCGCAAAUUGAAAGAAAAAGAAAUGUAAUCCAGCUGAGAACAGCACCACGCUACAAGGAAACCCGCGUAGGCUUCCUCUGUAACUUUGCGCUACUCCCGAAUGAAGGACAAUUUUUACUUUUCGUCCACCUAGCGGAUUUCCGCAGAACUGGUGAACUUUCAGUGACUUGUUCAAUAAAACAUUUUAUUUUUCGCCUCAA